AUGGUGGGGCUAGAAGGAGCUGAGCCUUUGAAGCUAGAGGGCUUCAAUACAUCAUAUCAUGCAGUAAAGGGUGAGGAAUACGGAGUAGAUGGUGUCUUGUUUGCUCCGAGUAGUCCGCUGCCACUUCUCUAUCACGGCGCCACCCCAAUUCCGCCACUAAACCACAAGGGGCAAUAUAUGGCCCGACGCACGUGCUGGGUUGUCGCUUUCCGUCAUUCUAUGCUCAAUCUUCGUGUGAAUAUAUCUACUUCCUGGUCUCAACUUAUAGUCUACUCUACUUUUCACGCGUGCAACUACGAGCCCAAAUGCAUAUGUUAUAGCAUGGCGACAGAUAUACCUGGAUACCGCACCGCGUACAACUCAUUUCUCCUCGCAUCCCGAUAUUGGACCUGUCCUACGAAUACUCCGCUCUACAUUCGAUGCAGAAGAUAUGAGGAUCUCUUCGCAGAAGUACUUCUUGCGUUUCCCUACGACGACCACAGUGACCUGCUGCUGCGGCACUGCUCCCCUCUUGCACUAGAAACAUGCUCGAAUCUUGCUCCAAACCUCGAUGAUGAAGGGGUAAUUGAUUCCGAUGAUGGGUUGGACAAGGUUCAGCGCACCGCUCGGCGCCAGAGAAUUGAGGAGCUUGCUGAAGCUUAUCUCGAAGGCACUCCUCUCUUUAUUCUGUCUGCGUCUCUCCGUGGCCCAUUUGGGAAAGACUGGAAUAACCCGUGGAAAAAGGACGGCAGCAAGAUCACAAAUGGUCAGCGCAGUCGUGGUCGGUCAUCGAAAGAAAAGGAACAGCCGACGCAACCUUCCAUACCAGAAACGCAGUCUGGGAAGCGCCGACAACCUCCCGAUUUACCAGCAGCUUCUCGCCCAACACAAUCAAAAACUCAACUGACACCAUCAUAUACUCGCUUUGUACAGAAAUCUGCAGCUGGUACCCGAAGCGAAUCUCCGCGCGUGACACACGUUGACCAACCCAGCAAAACUUGGCUGCGCAAAGACAACGUCUCAACGCGAUUCCAGAAUAUUGAUCCUCCAACGUCGCCAACAACCAGUAUAUCCUCCCGUCAUAAUAAAAGAAAAGGCAAUUUGGCAAAGACGCAUCCUACAUGCAGAAGAGAAGAAACGGCCGAACCCGAACCCGCCAGGUCCUUAAAAAGCCCUCAACCGAAACAGUCAAAUCAGAGUGGGCGGACUCCCCAGAAUCUACCAGGGCAGGGUAUAUCCUCCACGGGCGGACGGCAUACUUCCAACUUGAAUACGAGUUAUGACCAACAAGCAGAUGAAGGCAAUUCACUUCAUGUAGCUUCCUCAUCUUCACAGUUGCCGAAAUUCGAAUACCGUCUAAAGAAAAAUGGCGCAACCGAUGCACAUGCCGACAAACCCAUUUCUGAUGGAAUUAUUGAUGGGAGAGCCAAGGGCCAACCCCCUAGGUUUCGUGGUUCGUCCUCAAAUGAAAAUAUAGCAAGGUCACCUUCGAUGCACGGGCCGCGCCACUCUCAACCAGAGGACAUAACGCGAACUUUUGAUGAUUCAAUGACCUUAGCAAACGCUUCUGGAACCAUCGAAAACCCGUCUAUGCCCAAUCUUGAGAAACCAUUACCUAGUGACCCCCAACAACGGAACACAAGUGAGAAUCUACCAUCUGCCCAGCACGUGCGUGAAAAUCCACCGACACAUGAUAACAUCACUUCUCUUUAUUCUAUCGCGAUAUCUAAAGGCAACUCAGACCGGACCGAUGACCAUAACAUAGAGCCUCAGCUAUCCACUCAAGCAGCGGUCUUGAUGGCACAGAAAUCAUUCCAACACGAUCUUGACAGCCCAAAAUGCCGCCCCUUGGCAUCUGGCAAAAAAAGGCGUGCGGCGUCGCGAAGCUCAAACCAUCACUCUCCAAAUUCGGUCAACAUUACACCCUUUCAUCACAUAAAUACCCCCAAUCAGGCUCUUGUAGGUGAGCGGCCCAAUGCGCUAGGAAACUCGGGAGCACAAUUCAUCAGCACACAGUACAUGAUUGAUGCUAUCACACCAUUUACAUUUAGCGCCGACAAGAGAGCGGAUCGCCGUUCAGUAUCAUCUAGAAUGGAGGGUUCAAGAACCAAGAAGCAGAAAACAACAAGUUUCGCCCUGUAUUCUCCCUCUGAGAUGCCUUCCGAGCACCCGAAGUCCGACCAAGAAAGUUGCGGAAGCAUCUCGCCCCACGAGCCAGAGUGUCACAAAGAUGCCACCGUUGACUCGCAUAAAAGCAUCCUGCCAAUGACUACAGGCACCACCCCCCAAACGGCGCAAGAUGGCCAAGGGGCAGAAAGCUUUAACCUCAGCCAGGCCAUCGCAGAAGCAGGUAGCUGGUUGCAACAAAGCUUUGAAAUCACCAAAGACAUCCAUUUGCCCAGGAAUCUAAAACCUCAUACUUCGACAGAGACAGCGCACUCAAGCUGAGCAUAGCGGUAUCUGUCAAGUUGGGCUUUAUUCUUAAAGGAGUAUGGAUUUUUUUUUUGAUGGUGGCUUGAAUAGACAUUUGGGCUUAUGAUAUUUAACAUUCUCUCUCUGAAAUGUAACACAUG